GAGAGCGGAAGCACAAAAUGUACAAAUCGCAGCGAGAGUGCUGAUCAAAACGGACUUUCACGGACGGAGCCUCCGUGAUCAAAGAUCCAGUGCAGUUCUCGAUGUCCCGAGCUUCACGAGAGGUCCUUCUUUCUAAGAACAUUGAGAAGGAGCACAACCGCCCUCAGAAUCUCUUUCUUCAGAUUGACUAAGGCAAGAAGUAGAAAAAUCACACAAGAAAAGACAGAGGCUCCGCAAGCAUCAUCUAAAGCCCUGUAGUCACUGGAUCGUUAUACAGGCCAGCCAACGAGAGACAGAGAUCGGGAAUGGGAGGGUCAAGCUCCAGUGAACAGGUGGCAGAGACUGAGACCCCCUCAUUCUUCACACAGGAAGAACUGAACAAACUGAAGUCUGAUUUUGAUACAGGUGGGGUGGAAAAUGUAAAACCACUGAUAGAGAAGAAAGUAACUGAUCUGGACAAGACAGAGCUUAACAUCGCAGUGACAGGAGAAUCAGGUACAGGAAAAUCCACCUUCAUCAAUGCUAUGAGAGGACUUCGGAGCGAUGAUCCAGGAGCAGCUGAAGUUGGGACCACAGAAACAACAAAGGAGCCAACUGGGUACCCACAUCCCACUCUGCCCAAUGUUCACUAUUGGGACCUGCCAGGGAUUGGAUCUCCAGAAUUUCGAGCAGCUAGGUAUCUCACAGAAAUGAAAUUCAAAAGAUAUGAUUUCUUUAUCAUAAUUUCUGCUUGUCGAUUCAAAGAAAAUGAUGUAAAACUUGCCAAAGAGAUUAAACGGCUGGGGAAAAAGUUCUAUUUUGUCCGCUCUAAGAUUGACUUUGAUCUUUACAACACGAGGAAUGAAAAGGGGGAUUUUAAUGAAAAAGAGGAGCUGGAAAAGAUUCGGAGUGAUUGCGUCAGGAGGUUGGCAGAGGCAGGGUUUCCAGAUUCACCUGUGUUCCUGAUAUCCGGUAAAAUGCCGAAACAUUUUGAUUUCAUUCGGUUAAAUGAAAGACUCGAAGGUGAUCUAAAUAAUGUAAAGAAAAGGAUCUUUGUCUUGGCCCUUCCAAAUCUAAGUGUGGAGAUAGUUCAGAAGAAAUCUAAGAUUCUGAGAAAAUUUAUCUGGAUGUUUGCAACACUCUCUGGGGGCAUGGGAGCUGUCCCAAUUCCCGGUGUCUCUCUCGCUUGUGAUAUCAGUAUAUUGAUUGGAGCCAUUGUCUCCUUCCGGAAAUGCCUGGGUCUGGAUGAUGCUUCUCUUCAAAGACUGGCCAACAGAGCAGGAAAACCUGUGGAAGAGCUGAAGGCGACAGUAAAAGCUCCAUUGCUGGAGGAAAUAACCAUAGAUGCAAUUGUGAGGUUCGGUUGGGGUGCUGCAGUUGUUACCGUUUCAGCCCUGGAAUUCGCUCUCGACUUUGUCCCUGUCAUUGGCUCCAUUUUUGGAGCAGGCUCAUCAUUUCUCAUGACGUACAAGAUACUGAGUGCUGCACUGAAGGAUCUUACAGAGAAUGCAGAGAGAGUGGUGAAAGCUGCCUUUGAAACUGAUUAACUGCUCUGUACAAACAUCUACCAGGAGAGUUUAUAUCCUGCUGUGCUUCAUAAUUUCAUGUUAUCUAACACCAAGUGCUUAUUUAAUUCUACCCAAUAACCCUCACUUCUACUGCAUUUUUUCCUGGAAAUAUGUUUUAUUAAUCACUGAAGGGGCUUUCGAGGGACUUUCUGAUCUGCAGCAUUUGGAAAACUGGGGCAAAAUUAACAGUGUUACUCAAUGAAUCUAUAUACUACUAAAACCCUCAUGCUCUGUUUGUGACCUCCAAUUAGUGCAAAUGGUACAGACAGUGGCACUAUUUUUGGCUAAAUCGACUUAAAAUGUGCUAACUUACAGAAUGUAGGCAUAGUUCAGGGUUAUAUAUUUGUAUAAAAUUCCUCAUUCGCCAAAAUCAACAGCCCCACUUUCACCCGAGAGCCGAUGUCAGCCACAAUGGAAACCACAACUCGACACCAGGACAUAUGCUCACGGCCAGCCUCAGAAGUGACUCACGAUGCUCACAGCAGUGACACUAACCGGAGCAAAAGGGCAGGACAGCGCUAUUUCGACCAGUCAUGUUCUGCUAAUCGCCAUCAGCAUGUGCAGGAUUGGGAAAGAUCAAACUGAGACCCAUCAAUAAGGGAUAAUUAAACCUUAUUGUAAUGAUGUACUUUGAGACACCCAUCAAACCUUUUGCUGCAGUCAAAGGACAGUGAUGAAUAUAUCACGUCCAUUUAGGAGAGCGCCAUCAUCAAGAAUAAUCAGCAACCUGGAGGCUUUGGUGUUACUGCUUUGUACCUUCUAUCCAGCAUUAGAGUAACAAAAUAUGGUCAGCCUAAUUAUGCCGCGUGGAAAGAGAAGGGGGACAUUAUGGUCAAGAGAUGAUGCCAAACGUCGUCGGGAAGCUGCAAGGAGGGGGAGUGAACAAGAAUCGGAUGAGGCCAGGGCCGCACGACUCCAGGAUCAAAGAAUCAGGACAGAAAAGAUGAGGCAGAGGAGGAGACACAUGCAUGUCUCCAAAAUGACAACAACUGGCAUAGAAGGAGGAGAGAUGAGGAGACAAAGGAGCUGAGAAAUGCAUGUCUCCAGCAACAGAGACAAACAACAAACAGCAGAAGAGAUGAAGAGACGGUGGAUGAAAGGACUGCACAUCUCCAGAAUGACAACAAGAGGCACAAGGGUGGCAGAUCAACCAGAAAUGAUGUCAUCAAAAGUGCCCUUCGUUAAACAAGGAGGAGCUGUAUUUGCCUUGCUAUGCGUUAUGCUUCUUUAAAAAACUGAGGUUUUCUUCUUCAAUUUCCAAAGCAAAGCGAUACCAAUAGCAUUCAGGAAAAUUUCAUGUUCAUUCUGGUCACAUCAGACUGCACUACCCUUCUCUCAAAGGGUGCCCCAAUGGGUCACCCCAUUGUCUGGUUAAACUUUAAAAUUAAGCUAUAUCUGCCUGCAGAGUUGUACAGGAAGGAUGUACCUGCUCGACACUGGCCUACAGAUGACUCAGCAGUGUGGGCUGCUGGGCAAUGAUCAGCAGCACCAUGCAUUACUCAGCUAAUAACUUGUUAAAAAAUAGAAUGGCACAGGCUAAAUGAUAGAUACCUGGAUGCAGUGUAUAAAUGUCUGUAUCAAUUGAGAUGAUCUUUGAACCAAUGACAUAGAACAAGUGUCAUCCCAACCAUCGGAUGUUAACUACCAGGAGAUUUUCCCUGUGUUCAAUGCUUAACAACCAGUUCAGUUUCACUUACCUUAAAGAGGACCUCUGAAUAAUUAAAAAAAACUUUGUUAGUGAAUUUAGCAUAAGGCUAAUGGCAAGAUCUGGGAUCAAUGAAGGGCUUGUAUAUUUAGAAAUCAUUUAAGAUAGUCAAAAAAUUGUCUGUAAUUCUCCCUUCUGUAGGUUCUGUGAGUUUCACAUGAACACUCACCCACACAGCACAGCAAGUCAGAAUUAUUCUAAGUAGUUUAUCAAUACUUGUUAAUAAAUCACAAUAUAAAAAUUAAGGAAUAUUGCAAGGAAACAGAAUAAAUUACAUGUUAUUGAAAUAAACAUAAAACGUUACAUUGCUAUAACUGUAAGUUAAGCUCACAUUGUAUUAUCUUCACUCUGAUUGAGCUUAACUCCUCCUUUAUGAAGACUUGGAGGGAGCAGCUCUGGAUGAUACCAGUGCUGUGUCACAUCCAAUAUCUCAAAUUAUUCCAAACUACUUCAGAAAUGAAACUCACUCUUGUGAUAUUAUUGAAAACACACCGUUUGUGAUUGUGCAAAUUACAUUCAGUCUUUUCCACUUUUCCACUGCAAAUCCAGUUGAUAGGAAUUUCAUUAUAUCCCACUAUCAAUAUUAAACUGUACUUUUUUUGUCAGAUGAAAUGAUCCUGCUUCGUAAAUGCUAACUUGUUUUCACUGUUCUGUGGCAUUCCCACUGUAGAAACUCUGAUAAACAGAUUAAUAAAUUGUCUUGCUUCUACCUGAACUAUUCCAUUUUCGAUUCUCUCACGCAGCUGGUGAAAAAUAAAAGAAAAUGCCAUAGUAGCUAGAAAACUGAAAUGAAAACCAACUGAGAGAGAUGCUCACAAAAUCAGGCAGCACUUACAGUAAGAGAAGGAAAUUUCAUGAUCCAAAUCAGUUCUCUUCAUUUGAAACUGCACCAAAAGUUUCUUCAAAAAUUCCAAUGAUUCCUCCUUGUAUAGCAGAUGGACACAGAAUUCAACGUCAGUGCAGAGUGUGAAUUAAUGUCAUCUUUGUUUGGCUAUUAUCACUAAAACAUCACAAAAUAUUGUUGACUCAAUGUAAGAAUACAGAGUAAAACAUUGAAGGAAUGAAUUAAACUAAAUUACUUUAAAUCUUGGCAAUUAAUUCAAUGCUCUGCUGCAUUAAUGAGUAUUUAGUUGUGUGGGGAAAAUAAGUAAAUAUAAUUGAAGUAAACAGUAGACAUUAUGACAUUGAUAUUACAGAGUGAGCACUGAGUAGAAGAGGAAGAAAUACUCUUAAUUCCUGGUGGAGUCAUUGGGGCGCAGUCAAGACAAGCUUUUUGCUUCGAUCUUUUUGACGAUUGCUCAUCAUGUGGCAUUUCUUUAGCAUCUUUAUUUUUACGAGGUCGAGUUGCUAGUUUGACGCUCAACCCAGCACGGAUGGAAAGCAUGCAAGGGAGCCAACUGGAUUCGAACUAGGUGCCUGUUGCCCCAAAGUCCAGCACUGAUGCUACUACGCCACUAGCCGGCUUGUGAGCACUGAGUGCUCCCAUGUUUUCUUCCCUGGACUUCAAUUUUCAGAGAAAUUAGCCAGUCUCCAGCAGUCUGAUGCUUUACACCAUCAUCAUCAAAGGAGCUGUGUUCAGGAAUGGUGCCACCAAAAACACAAGAGAUUCUAUUCUGUCAGUUGUUCCCUCCUUCACCUUUUCCUGCCUUUUAUAUCUGCAUUGGGAUGGGUUUCUCCCAAAUGCUCUGUUUCAGGUUAUUUGGCCACUGUAAAUUGCCAUAAAUGCAGGCAAGUGAUGGGAUUGAUGGGAACAUGGGAUGAGUGGGUUAUGGAGGAAAUUAUUAGGGGAAGUUACUUUCUGUAAGCUACCCUAAACUCAACGAGCAAAAGGGUUCCUGACAAUAGACUUCCUUGAAACAUCUCCCAUGAGGGCUUUUAGAACAACCAAUGAAAAAUGUAAUAUAUUACCCUGUUAGUUUUAUGGGGAUAAUUUGAUUUAAAAGAACAAUAACCACAAGAACCUCUAUCGUGGAAUUUUCUUGUGCUUAAGUGUUUGAAAACCGAAAGUGCAACCUCUUCUGCUGAGUUGAUUGUUGCAGUGGUUCAAGCUGCUGUAUCACAAAUCUAGCUCUUCCGUAGCUUUGGGAAAAAGCUGAUAUCCUACCCAUGAUUGGCAUUUGGUUGUUCCAUUACUUCUACCGUACCUAUUUUGUACAUUAGUCUGACCUGAGCACUUUGGUGUCAGAGAAACUGCAAUUGUACUUGCAGUUGAGAGUUUUGCUUAUGAUAAAGUUUGAAGGAAAUUGGGGAGUCUCAGAUUGCUGUAAAUAAUGGUUAAGGUUGAGUCUGUGUAUUCUGGUUUGAGAAUGGCUGCAGCUUGAGUAACUGUUGUCUCCUGACUUUUCACACCCUUUGAUUUUGUGUUUAAAUUUCAACUUUGGGUUAAGUACCGACUAUGUCUGUAACUGCAGUAUGUUUGAAUAAUGUCUCACAACUGCUUCUUUGAGUAAAAAUAAGGAUUAUAAACUUACCAAACUCACAAGAAAGACAUCUCCUAGUUUUCACACUUUCUGGUUUCAACAAAAGGUGGAGAUAAGGCAGGGCAUUCUUUAUAUUCCUUUCCUAAUUAGACAAUAGACAAUAGGUGCAGAAGUAGACCAUUCGACCCUUCGAGCCUGCACUGCCAUUCUGAGAUCAUGGCUGAUCAUCUACUAUCAAUACUCGGUUCCUGCCUUGUCCCCAUAACCCUUGAUUCCACUAUCCAUAAGAUACCUAUCUAGCUCGUUCUUGAAAGCAUCCAGAGAAUUGGCCUCCACUGCCUUCUGAGGCAGCGCGUUCCACACCUCCACAACUCUCUGGGAGAAGAAGUUCCUCCUCAACUCUGUCCUAAAUGACCUAAAACCAUGCCCUCUGGUACUGGACUCUCCCAGCAUCUGGAACAUAUUUCCUGCCUCUAUCUUGUCCAAUCCCUUAAUAAUCUUAUAUAUCUCAAUCAGAUCCCCCCUCAAUCUCCUUAAUUCCAGCGUGUACAAGCCCAGUCUCUCUAACCUCUCUGCGUAAGACAGUCCAGUCAUCCCAGGAAUUAACCUAGUGAACCUACGCUGCACCUCCUCCACAGCCAGGAUGUCCUUCCUUAACCGUGGAGACCAGAACUGCACACAAUACUCCAGCUGUGGUCUCACCAGGGCCCUGUACAAAUGCAAAAGGAUUUCCUUGCUCUUGUACUCAAUUCUCUUUGUAAUAAAUGCCAACAUUCCAUUAGCCUUCUUCACUGCCUGCUGCACUUGCUCAUUCACCUUCAGAGACUGAUGAACAAGUACUCCUAGAUCUCUUUGUAUUUCACCCUUACCUAACUCCACACCAUUCAGAUAAUAAUCUGCCUUCCUGUUCUUGCUCCCAAAGUGAAUGACCUCACACUUAUUCACAUUAAACGCCAUCUGCCUAGUUUAUGCCCACUCACCCAGCCUAUCCAAGUCACCUUGAAUUCUCCUAACAUCCUCAUCACAUGUCACACUGCCACCCAGCUUAGUAUCAUCAGCAAACUUGCUGAUGUUAUUCACAAUGCCUUCCUCUAAAUCAUUGACGUAAAUCGUAAACAGCUGUGGUCCCAAUACCGAGCCUGUGGCACCCCACUAGUCACCAACUGCCAUUCCGAGAAACACCCAUUCACUGCUACCCUUUGCUUUCUAUCUGCCAAACAGUUUUCUAUCCAUGUCAAUAUCCUCCCCUCAAUGCCAUGAGCUCUGAUUUUACCCACCAAUCUCCUAUGUGGUUCCUUAUCAAAAGCCUUCUGAAAGUCAAGGUACACCACAUCCACUGGAUUUCCCGCGUCUAUCUUCCUUGUUACAUCCUCGAAAAACUCCAAUAGAUUAGUCAAGCAUGAUUUGCCCUUGGUAAAUCCACGCUGGUUCGGCCCAAUCCUUUCACUGCUAUCAAGUUAUGCCACUAUUUCAUCUUUAAUAAUGGGCUCUAGCAUCUUCCCCACUACUGAUGUUAGGCUAUCAGGGAGAUAGUUCUCUGUUUUCUCCCUCCCUCCUUUCUUAAAAAGUGGGAUAACAUUAGCCAUUCGCCAAUCUUCAGGAACUGAUCCUGAAUCUAAGGAACAUUGGAAAAUGAUCACCAAUGCAUCUGCAAUUUCGGUAAAGUCUCUUAUCUAAAUUAUUAAAUUCUGCUCUAUUUGAUUAGCUGGAAUGUCUGUUGAUCUGGCUGCUCUUUUGUAUUGAGAUAUUAAAGGUUCAAUCUGUCCUGCUAACAUGUAAAUGCUGAGUGUCCAGACAAGGACACGCAGGAUGUGAAAAUUAAUUAUACUCUGUUCUCUGGUUACCUCUCUCUAAUGUGAUUAAGUAUUCUUUGUCAAGUACGUUUACCUCUGUUUCAGGUGACUAAGUGGCCUUUGCCUUGGACUAUCACCGUUAAUGAGCUUCCGUGAUGUUAUAAAAACUCUGUAUCUCUGUGCUUUGAGAGAGAGAGAGACUUCCGUGGCUGACUCCCUUGUGAGUGCAGAUGGAAGGUUCUCUCUCAUAGCUUGCUGCUA